AUUAGUGAAUGUGUGUGUGUGAGACAGACAGACAGUGUGUGUGUGUGUGUGUGUGUCUGUAUAUGUGUGUGUGUGUGUCUGACAUCAUUACCCAGCGUCCGUCACGGUCCGUCAUGCAAUGGGACUUAUUUUCUCCAAUGAUGACGCGGUGAGCAGAGGGCCCGUCCCCAAACGAGUGUCCAUGGAGGUGUUAAGGGCGUCCAAGAAGGAGGCCGUCCAGCAGCUGAAGGCCGACUUCCUGCGAGCUCUGCAGGAAGACGACGCUGAAGAGGUCAAGACGAUCCUCGACACCACCAGCAUAGACAUAGACACUGUGUUAGAAGUGGAGGACAACAACAUGGUCCUGGCCUCCUACAAGCAAGGCAACUGGUUGCCUGACUACAAGUUGGAGUGCUCGUGGGCGAUGGGUAUCCACGUGUGCAUGAUGUACAACUCCCUGGAGUGCGCGCACGUUCUGUUGGAGAGUGGAGCCGCCAUCAACCUCAUGCCCAACGGCAAGACGCCGCUGCAUGUGGCCUGCGCGGCCUCGCACGUCGACUGCGUGGCCCUACUGUUGGAAUACGGCGCCCGUAUUAAUCGGCUGUCGCUCAGCGGCCAUACAGUUUUGCACUACUGCAUCACCAAGGAGUCGGUGGACUGUGCUAGGCACCUCAUUCUCAACGGUGCCGAUGUGAAUUUGACCGGUCAAAACAUUGAUGACGACACACCACUUCACACAGCGGCUCGCUAUGGCGUUCCCGAGCUAACUGCGUUGUACCUGGCGCAUGGUGCAAAGGUUAACACGAGCAACUGUCGUUUGGAGACGCCACUCAUCAUUGCGGCUUACUGGGCCUUCUGUCCGCGCAAGCAGAUCUUCAGCCCUGACCAUCACCUAGUAUGCCGCAUCCUGCUCGACAACGGGGCCAACCCGAACUCAAUUGAGGAAGACAACAAAACUGCGCUGCACAAGGCAGCCUGGAACAGCGACCACACGCUGAUGGAGAUGUUGCUAACUGCUGGCGCUGACGCCAGGGCUAUGGACAUCAAUGGCUGCGCGCCUAUCCAGUACGUGAUCAAGGUCACCCAGGUGCGGCCGGGCUGCAUCCCUGAGCUCUGCUUUCAGCUGUUGCUUAACCACGGCGGCGCCCGUGUCUACCCGCCUCAGUUCCACAAGGUUCUGCAGGCCUGCCAUGAUUCCCCCAGAGCAGUAGAGGUCAUGGUGAACUCCUAUGAACACAUCAAAGCCACCAGUAAGUGGAGGACGUCUAUCGCUGAGGAAUCCUAUCAGCAACACCAAGAGUUCUAUGACUCCAUGUUCUCGGUGUGCUGCAACACUCCGCGCACUCUGACGCACCUGGCCCGCUGUGCCAUCCGCACUCACCUGCGGCAGCACUGCCACAGGGGCGUCCACGAGCUCCCCAUCCCCCCCUCCAUGGCACGCUACAUUCUCCUGGAGCCGGUGGGAAUCAUAUACUGACGCGGAGCUGUUACAGAGAGGGUUAAAAUAACGUUUGUUUCCGUGCCGCCAUGUCUGUACGAGGAGUCUACUAUGGCGUGAACCUCUGACUCUGAGCAGGCCUCAUUCUGAGGUGUCCUCAUGUGAACGUUUCUGGACCUGUUCCAACUCUGAGGAGUAAUGGAAUGGCUAUUUAAGAAACAGAACAACUUCAGCCUACUGCAGCUCUCUUAUUCACAGCAGCAUUGGGAGAUGACUCAUACCUGCAAUGGAGAGUUAUGUUUUUUUUUUCCUCUUUUUUUUCUGUAAAUUUUCUGUCUGCUUACCUUGCUGACUAGGCAGUGAAAACACUCAGCUGUUGCACAAGCACAACCAUACGAAUACCUCUCUGUCAAAUGUUUUCUCAGUAAACAGAAAAUAUUGAUAUUAAAUAAUGUAAUGU